AUGGCAGAGAGUUUCGAUGCGGCGCUAUUGAGAGCGAGGCUGGGUGUUCUGCAGCCACACCGCUCCGUCAAGAGGUUGUGCGGCCACCCGUCCUGGAUAGAAGACUUGGAUAUUGUCAAUGAGUUAGGUGGACAUAGCGGAUGUGUCAACGCCCUCAGUUGGUCGUCUGGUGGCACGCUCCUUGCAAGUGGAUCGGACGAUACAAACCUGGUCCUUUGGGACUACAACCCCACCAGUCUAGCCAAACCAUUCACUCUCAACACUAGUGUCAGCACCGGCCACCAUGCCAACAUCUUCUCGGUCAAGUUUAUGCCGCAUACACAGGAUAGAACGGUAGUCACCUGUGCUGGGGACUCUGAGGUGAGGGUGUUCGACAUUGAGUCCUCGGGAUCAGCUCAAUCCAAUGCUUCCGCUUCCGCCUUCGCGACUAGCACCCGAAGCCGGAGAUUCAGUGACUUCUUCCCCCAUGCUCGGUGGCUCUCUGAGACCAAUACGAAUGCUCGCGUCUAUCGCAGCCACGCUGACCGGGCCAAGCGCAUCGUGACUGAGAGCUCACCCCAUCUGUUCCUGACUUGCUCAGAAGAUGGCGAGGUAAGACAAUGGGAUCUGAGACUCCCGUCAAGUGCAUAUCCAGCCCCUCGCAAUGCCCGAGGCUUGGGUCGCUUCCACCGGACCUCGGACGAGGGAUCUGACAACGUACCUCCACCACUGAUAUCCUACAAGAAGUAUGCAUUAGAUCUCAACAGCAUCAGUUGUGCGGCGAGCCAGCCUCAUUACAUUGCACUUGGGGGUGCCCAUCUCCACUGCUUCUUGCACGACCGUCGUAUGCUUGGUCGAGAUCUUGAAAUGGAGGCAGGCCGACCAGCCAGCAAGAAACCAAAGGUGGGCAUGAAUGAAGAUGAUGCAAUGAGCUCCGCUACACGCUGCGUUCGUCGUUUUGCCCCUAAUGAUAAGAGACGUAUGGCAACCCACGAUCACGGGCAUAUCACUGCAUGCAAGAUCAGUGAUGCUAGACCAAACGAGAUGCUGGUAUCGUGGAGUGGGGAUUACGUCUACUCUUUCGACUUGGUCAAAAGUCCCGAUGCGCGGGACGCUGACGCGCAAAAAGACGAGUCGUUCCAGGCCAACCGUCUAAGCAACCGCCUCGAUCGUAAGCGAAAGAGAAAGCAACCCACUGCCUCGGCUGCGAGCGCGACGGAGAAAGGGAACGCGCCUAGCAGACUGCGCCGUGUCUCAGACCACGAAACAGAAGAUGGUAGCACUGCUCUCCAAGUUCGAUUUGAGAAUGGCGAGACCGAAGAACUCCCACUCGACUUCCAAUCUGAAUCUGUGGACCCGGAGAUUGAUGAAGCUCUUCAAGAAUCCUUGUUGAAUGAGACUCAGCGGCUUGCUUCCAGCAUUGCCCAUGGCUUGACCCGCCUGAGAAAGGAGAUUUUUGACUUCUCGACCAUGCUUGAAGCAGAAGGAGCUAUGGCAAUGGAGAAUUCCUCUGAGCUCACCCCGUACACGAGUCGGUUUACCGCCGCCCUUGGUUCCUCAUCCUCGUUACUGCCUCAAAUGAACGAGGUCAUGCGGGAGUGGUCUUACCCAAUGGACCCCAGUGAAGACGAUGUUGUAAUUCAGAACACCUUUCGCCGUAAUCGUCAAGCUGCCUGGCGGUUUGUUCAAGCUUCCGGCUGCCUCAGCAUAGUGCUUGGAGGACGACUUCAGACUCUGAGCUCGGUUCCCGACCCGAGACUCGAGCUGUUUCGGCAAAUCAAACCCGCUGUACAUGAAGGUAAGCACAUGGGCCGUAAGUCAAGAUUCUGCUACGAUUUCUUGAAAGCUAUCCUAUUGUGGAUUGAAGGUGGUCAAGAUGCAGUGAUCAAAGCUUUCAUCAGACCGACUACUGUCCCCAUGGAUUCGCCCCGAUUCCCCUUAGCGGAGAGUGACAACAUCGAAACUAGUCUCAGGAAGCUCCACGAAUACUUGACCAAUCUUGCCGACGAGGAGACGCCGGUGAUUAACCUAGACACGAAUAGAUUCGAGGUGGACGAGAACAGACAAAUUUUCCCGAGCCAAACCGCCGCAGUCCAAGCGUUUUCUCGGGCUUUGGCUGGUAUCGAACUCCAGCUUCGUCAUGGCCAAUCCGAGUUUCGCAUUGAUCUAUCCACCGCCACUGGUACAAAACGAAUCAUGGACAAGGGUGCAGCGGCCCGUUUCUGGGGGGCCAAGGUAGGACGUUCGCUGCUGAUGCAGGCUGCGGAGGAUGUUACGUAUGACACUUGCCUGCGCGCUUUUGGCGGAGUCCGUGUUCGCGUGGCGGCCGAAGAGUCCGAGUCCUCCCUGGGAGAGAUCGAUCCUGACCAAGAAGAAAGAGUGGUGGAGGAGAUUGACGUUGUCAGAACGGCCCCCACGACUCAAAAUGGAGCCGCAGACACGGGCUCGGAAACAAGCCGAGAAAUUCCCGGCGUGCCAAAUAUUACUGUCCAAGCCGGAGGUGAUACAGACGAUGAGGAUGAGAAUAUGGAAGACGUAUCGUCCAAUGAAGGGGAAUCUGAAUCUGAGGAUGAGCCGAUGCAGACGCUAUUUCGGCGGCGGGUGGCUUUUGGACGGUCUCGCGAGCGUGCGGGAGUCAACCUGUCAGUGCCGUACUCGUCGCACAGCCGCGUCUACAAAGGACACUGCAACACUAGAACGGUGAAGGACGUCAACUACUUGGGGCUGGACGAUGAGUAUGUCGUCAGUGGCAGUGAUGAUGGCCACUUCUUUAUCUGGGACCGCAAGACGUCACGCAUUGUGAAUAUCCUCAAAGGCGACGGUGAAGUGGUCAAUGUCGUUCAGGGACAUCCUUACGAGCCUAUGGUUGCCGUGAGCGGGAUUGACAGCACGGUGAAGAUCUUUGGCGCCGGCGGCGAGAGCCGAGAACGAGAUCACGCCAGCAAAGGAAUCGACGUGGCCAAUCCCAGCGGAUCGAUUCAUAGCUCCCUACGAUUUGGAGGUCGCAGACGCCGUGCACGGCAGGACGAUGAUGACGAUGAUGAUGAAGACGGGACGCCGGCUGGAGCAGCGGAGGAUACUACGGCGGAGGAAGCACAGGCUAAUGGACGGGGUCUUCGCUCUCGGCAAGCCAUGCAUGACUCAUACCGAAUCAUUCAAUCCAACGACGAAGAACGACGGUCUGGUCUGUCGGAGGCGUAUGUCAGUGUAAGUGAGCUCGAGAACCUUGACAUGGGGCGGAUCAUGCGCAUGUGGUUGCUUAAUCAGUUCCGCGUUGGCUAA